CGAAUCUUUCCCUUUGAGCUGGAGGACGGGAUGGAGGGGGAGCAGCCGCCGUUCUUUUCAGGGAGACAGUCCGACUUGGGGACUGAGAAACCACCUUCAGAGAUGGUGAAGGACCUGGUGCUGAGAUGGUUUUCGGACGUUCAGGCACCCCUCCUAUCCCAGGACGGCACUUUACCGGGAUGGUUCCACGGAUUCAUUACAAGGAAGCAGACUGAAGAGCUCCUGAAAGAUCAAGACUUUGGCUGUUUUCUCAUCAGGCUACGUGAAAGAGCCUUUGGCUAUAUUCUCUCCUACAGUCACAUUGUGGUGCGGUUAGUGUAUAUCGAAGGCAGGGGCAACCAGACCUGCUCAACACAGACGGAAGAGCUCCUGAAAGAUCAAGACCUUGGCUGUUUUCUCAUCAGGCUACGUGAAAGAGCCUUUGGCUAUAUCCUCUCCUACAGAGGGAAAGACCGGUGCCGCCAUUUUGUCAUCAGCUGCCAAAAGAACGGACGCUACGUCGUUGCGGGAGACACCCGGAACCACGAAAGCCUCGCCGAAUUGAUCAGAUACUACCAGAUAUCAGAAAUCGAGCCAUUUGGAGAGAAUCUUACUGUGGCCUGUUCAAAGCCGGAAGAAAAAAACAUCUAUGACCAAAUUUCUCUGGAGUCGCGAACGCCUCCUAAGCCAAGUCCAGAGCUGGUCAGGCAAGGGUCCAGCAGUGAUCCUACCGCCAGCCCUGCAGGGAAGGACAUUACUAGUCAGCAGUCUGCCAAGCCAAGGCGGAAGCUUCAAGAACAGCAGAAGUCCUUGUCGAAAGAAAGGCAAGGCUGGAGCCUGGAAUCUCACCCGGAAGAUGACCCUGAUGAGGCCCCACCCAUCCCAGACAGGAGCAGUCUGCUGAUGGCGGAAUGUUCUAAGAAGGCCUCUGGGAACCAAGCAAGUGUUUACACUUCACCGAAGCACCUAAAGGAUGAGGGUUUGGCGGGACCAGCCGACAUGGAUCAGUCCUUCACAGAUCGCCCGCCAAAUCGAGACGAUCCCAGCCAAGGGAGCCUCCAUCGCAAAAAUACGAGUCUUCAGCUGUAUGAUCAAUUUUACGGCAAAAGAACUGAAGAGGCUGGCCGCUUGGGAACGAUCUAUUCCGAAAUCGGCGCCGACCAACACAAGAGCACUUCGACACCACCGGAGUCCCCGAGCGGCCAACCUUUCUCUCUUACCAUGCAAAAAAAGUCCAGCCUGAAUUCUCCAGCAUCGACUCCCCCGAAACUAUCCCCAAAGUUACCUGAUAAACCAAAGACCUUUGCAGAGGCCCAAGGACUGCAGGAAACAUCCUUGGCAUCAUAUUCAAGCUCUCCAAUGAUCGAUGAAAGACGUCGAAUGUCUUCCCCCUCCGAGACUUCCUCUGAUCCCCCCAGGACGAACUUGUACGGUCAGGUCCAUAAACUGAAGUCGCAGAAGCCUGCCGUGUCUGUCGGCGACGACCCCUACGAGCGGAUCCCUUUCGAGUGGCCCAAGCGCAGGAUCCACGAGCGUGAUCCCGAAAGCCUCCCGAAAUCUUCGGCGCUGAAGGCCAAAGAGGUUUACGAGCAAGCCUGCAUGGAGAGCAGCCGCUCUCCCAGAGCACAGAGCUGCACCGAGAAUACGUACGAAAAGAUCCCAGCGCAUUUAUCCAAAAGCUCAUCGACGAGGCAUUUUGGCGCUAGAGACGACAUCUAUGAGAAAAUUUCCUUUGCCCCUGGGAAAGGAGCUUGGGCAAAGGCAAUUCCAAAGAUACUUUCAUAA